UGGGUCACUCUGGCUCUGCAGAUCUCGUCGCUCUGUUUGUUCAUCUCCUUCUUCUUCUUCUUCCGUUGGCUUUGGUCUCUUCCUUGUUCUAGCGCCUCUCCGUCUCUCCGAUCAAGAAGCCCCGUCUCUCUCCGUUGGACCCCACCUCCGACCUCCCCCUCCCCCCUCUUCUUUAACUCGAGAGAAAGACACCCCCCAUCAUGAUCUCCACACACCCUCCUCCUCCUCCUCCAUUCCUCCUGAUCUGAAACGCACGCACCCUGUCUCUCUCUAUCCCCCCGUGUGUAGAAAGCAAGGAGACGGGAGAAGCGAUGAUCCAGCUCCUGUUCGCGGCGAUAUUCGCCGAAGGGUCGCUGAUACUGCUGCUGCUGUUCAGGACCCCGCUGAGGAAGCUCGCGGUCGUAGGGCUGGAUCGGGUCAAGCGCGGGCACGGGCCGGUGGUGGUCAAGACGGUGGCCGCCACCGUCUGCGUCGUGCUGGGCUCCGGCGUGCACAGCAUGGUGAAGAUCCGGCGGCGCGGGGCGGCCGAGGACGGCGGGGCCAACCCGACGGACCAGGUCCUCAUGGCCAAGCACCUGCUCGAGUCCACUCUCAUGGGAGCCACCUUGUUCCUUGCUUUGAUGAUAGACAGACUGCAUCACUACAUCAGAGAGCUCCGACUGCGAAGGAAGAGCAUGGAGGCUGCGAAGAAACAGACCCGACCCUUUGAGGACGGGAAAAACGGGAACUCAGAGGAGCUCAAGAACUUGGAGGAGGAGACGAGAGCUUUGAGAGAGAAAGUCAAGCAGCUGGAAUUGGAUCUCAAGACGAGGAUCAAGGACGUGCACGCCGCAGAAGCCAACUCGAUCGCUCUGAGGAAACAAUCAGAAGGGUUCCUUCUUGAAUAUGACCGUCUGCUCGAGGAAAACCAAAACUUGCGGAACCAGCUGCAAUCACUGGAUCGGAGGUUGUCGCGUUCGGGAAGCAAGAAGAACACCUGAGAGGCUAGCUAAUCUUUUCGGUGUAGACAAAAACUGUUCAUUGUACUCUGUUCUUGGUUUCAUUUUAUCUGUUCUUGUUUUCUUAGUGUGUAUAUUUUGGAAGCUGAGGCAUUUGUUCAGGUUGGUUAUACCUGUGGUUGAAUCACAUUUGGGUUUUGUUAAGAUGAAGAGAAUGACAAGGAAAAAAGGGGACAAAGGUUGGAAAA